CUGGACUCUGCAAUUUGCCGCUUUAUCCGAAUUGGAAAUGGCGGCCAUUUCAAUUUGCUUYGUUCCUCAAGCUCUGGCACGCCCCAGAAUUCGGAACCCUAGAAGAACAUCGCCGCCGAAGAAGCUUCGCGGGAACGAUAAGCUCGAGGGCAACAGCGUUAAGAUCAGAACCAAUCCGAAGGAUUUAUUCUCCAUUGGUGUCGAAGCAACCACCUACACUCGCCUCCCUCCCAGGGAAGACUUCGCUCUUCCUAGCUUUGGUUCUCCGUCAUUUGAUUCUGUUUAUUCUUCCCAGUCUUCGUCUGAGGUGAAGCUUUUGGAUUCCGAUGUUGCGAUUAUUGAGGAGGAAGUUGGUUCGGAUUCUUUGAACUACGACGAGCGGGAGGAAGAAGGGGAAGGAGGAUUGGAUGGGAAUUUUGGGUUUGGUUAUGGGAAGUUUGAAGUGUUUGAGGGGGAAUAUGACUCUGAAGUGGAGGAGUAUGGUAAUAGUGAUAUGGAGGAAGACGAAGGAGAAGAGGAAGAACGUGAGAAGGUUUCGGCGUUUAGGAACGAGAAAUUUGUUAAUACUGAUGAAGGGGGUACGGGUUAUGAUGACGUUUAUGACACUGGCGAAGAAGCAAGCUCUUUCCUCGACGGAGGAGAUGUGAAGGAGAGGGGGCUGCCAGCAGUAAUGCGGUGCUUUGAUCGCGCAAAAAUCUACGUUAAAGCUGGAGAUGGUGGCAAUGGUGUCGUGGCGUUCCGACGGGAGAAGUAUGUGCCGAUGGGUGGCCCAUCAGGAGGAGACGGAGGGAGGGGUGGGAAUGUGUAUGUUGAAGUUGAUGAGUCAAUGAAUUCGCUAUUGCCAUUUCGAAACGGCAUACAUUUUCGUGCAGGAAGGGGUAGUCAUGGGCAGGGGAGAACGCAGCACGGGGCAAAGGGGGAGGAUGUAGUGAUGAAGGUGGCACCUGGAACAGUUAUAAGGGACGCAUUUAGCCAGGAGGUUCUUUUGGAAUUGUUGCAUCCGGGACACCGGGCCCUGUUGCUGCGCGGCGGAAGGGGUGGAAGAGGCAAUGCAUCCUUCAAGUCCGGAACAAAUAAAGUCCCCAAAAUUUCAGAAAAUGGAGAAGAGGGUUCAGAAAUGUGGUUGGAGUUGGAGCUGAAGCUUGUUGCAGAUGUUGGAAUUGUGGGGGCACCGAAUGCUGGGAAAAGCACACUUUUGAGCGUGAUAAGUGCUGCACAGCCAGCUAUAGCAAAUUACCCUUUUACCACUCUACUCCCAAACUUAGGUGUAGUUUCAUUUGACUAUGAUUCAACUAUGGUGGUAGCAGAUCUUCCUGGCUUACUUGAAGGGGCGCACGAGGGCUUUGGUUUAGGCCAUGAAUUUCUACGUCACACUGAAAGAUGUUCUGCGCUGGUGCACGUGGUUGAUGGAUCAGGACCACAACCAGAAUAUGAAUUUGAUGCUGUUCGUUUGGAGUUGGAGCUCUUUAGCCCCAAACUAGCUGAAAAGCCCUAUCUUGUUGCCUAUAAUAAAAUGGAUCUUCCUGAAGCAUACGAAAACUGGCCAGCAUUCAAGGAAAAGCUACAAGCUCGUGGGAUCGAACCUUUUUGCAUAAGUGCCGUAAAAAGAGAGGGCACUCAUGAAGUGAUUAGUGCUGCAUAUCAGCUGCUAAGGGAAAGUAAAGAACCCAAUAAGGAAUCUCAAGGUGGGAAAAUACCAGCAAAUUUGGACCAUGUAGCAGAUAGAAUACACAAGCAGCGUAGUGCUUCUAUUGAUGACUUUGAAAUUAUUCAUGAUAACGGCUCCAAUGUAUGGCAUGUAGUAGGAUCUGGUUUGCAACGUUUUGUUCAGAUGACAAAUUGGCGUUAUAUGGAAUCUGAAAGAAGGUUCCAACAUGUCAUGGAGGCUUGUGGUGUCAACAAAUCUCUCAGAAAACUUGGCGUCAAGGAGGGCGACACUGUGUUUGUUGCAGAGAUGGAGAUGAUUUGGCAUGAUUCACCCAAUAGUUUUGGUCCAUCUAAUAUGAAGAAAAGAUCAGAUUCGGUCAAAUGGCCAGAGUGGAAGUAACUCAUCUUUGUUUGCUCACUGGAAACUUAAUGUUGAUAACAGCAGGAUGAAUUUUCCUAAUGGAUCAAAUGAACAACCUUAGACAUGCUGGAGACCUGAGUGAAGAGAAUAGCAGCGAGUCGUCCCCCUUUCAGCAUUUGUGAUGGUAACUAAACUCUUCUGCACACAACUCUCAAAUGCUUAAAUGAGAAGAAAGUUCAAUUUUUUCAUACACAAUCACAUAGAUGCUUUCGUGUCUAUUUUUUAGUUYAGUACCACGUGGGUGGAGAUUCGAACCCACAACCUUUUGAUCGGGUGAUUUAACCAGUUGAGUUAUAUUCAGGUUGAUUGUCUUCAUGUCUAAUUUAGUCACAAGGUUUAGGUAGUUCUCUGAUAUAUACUCUUUCGGGAGAUUAUUUAUUUAGUGUAACUAUCUUAUUGUAGCCUUGUAGGUGUGAUAUGUAGAGAAAUAAAUUCUCUUUUAAUAGUGUUACAGGCCAAUUGUAUUGGUCAAAUUUACUAUGUAUGGAGACGGCCACUCAAACUUGACAACAUAAUGGCUCCUUACUUUUAUCUUUAAUUAUUAUUUCAACUGUAGUAACUAGUAACGUCUGGUUAAUAAUUUCAAAGUCAAUCAUAUUGCAA